AUGUCGAGCUUAGGUAUCAGCACUUGCGAGCGACGAUUCAAAUCAGCAGAACAAUUGUUGAAUAAUACUAUACAUCAGCGUAUAGCUCACAUAGAACAGUUUCCACAGAUACUUGGCUUGAAUGAUUCUUUUUUUGUUGCAGAUAUAGAGGAAAUCCGACGUCAACAUGAUCUCUGGGUAUCUCAUUUGCAUUUUAUUCGGCCAUUCUAUGCUGUAAAAUGCAACACCGAUACAACCUUACUGAAAGUGCUUAGACAACUCGAUGUCGGCUUUGACUGUGCAUCCAUAGAUGAAAUACAUACUGUAUUGUCUCUAGGUACCCAUCCAAACAAUAUCAUUUUUGCCAAUCCAUGCAAGGCACCUGAAGCGAUUGCUUUUGCUCAUAAGGUCGGCGUCAAGAAAACAACCUUCGACAAUCUUGACGAGCUUGAUAAAAUCAAAAAACAUAUGCCUGAUGCACAACUGCUGCUUAGAAUAUUUGCAAACGAUCAUACUGCUAUUGUUGCCCUUGGAGAGAAAUAUGGAGCUCCACUCGAAUCAACCCAUGCGCUCCUUAUGCGCGCAAGAGACCUAGAUAUUGAUGUUGUAGGAAUAUCUUUUCAUAUUGGAUCCGGUGCUUCAGAUCCAAACGCAAUUAGAAAGGCCGUUGCCCAUUCUAGAGUAGUCUGGAAAAUUGCACAAUCGGUUGGAUUUUCUUUGAAAAUUCUCGAUAUUGGAGGUGGAUUUCAGCCUACAGAGUCUCUGUUCGAACCCAUGGCCACAGCUGUAUGUAGCGCGAUCUCGGAGGCGUCAUUCCCAGAGAAAACGACAUUCAUUGCCGAACCUGGUCGGUUUUAUGCGCGCAACGUCUUUACGCUUGUUUGCCGGGUUUUUUCGCGCCGAGUAUCAACGACGGAGUCUCUUGAAGCACUAGAAAUGCUGUAUCAAAACGAUGGUGUCUAUGGAAAUUUCAUGAAUGGGCUUAUUGAGAAGGAAGAGUAUACACCGAUAUUGAUAAGAAGCAGAAUCAAUGAUGACCUAGCGCGUAAGACUGGGGAUCAUACUUACACAAUCUGGGGUCCGACAUGCGAUAGCACAGAUUGUGUCAGCCGCAAAAGUACUUUCGCGUGUGAGGUCAAGGUCGGAGACUUCUUGGUGUACAAAAACAUGGGAGCAUAUACUUCAGCUACAGCGACACGUUUCAAUGGAUUCUCCAGUCAGAAAGAUACCAUUUAUAUCUGUAGCGGCUCCGACGACUAUUCUUAA